GGAAAAUACUAAAAUAGAAGCUAUGGUGAGUGGUCGUUAGAGAGAGAAAACGAGGUCUUUCUGAUUUGAAUUUAGAAAGAGAGAUACUAUCCAGUAAGAGAGUGGAAAGGAAUCAAGAUCAAAAUACUUCUCUCAGAGAGAGACAGAGAGAAAAGGGAAGCUCUGAUCGAAGCAUUUAUAUGCUUUUAGAGAGACGAAAGCGAGGCUUCAACAUUACUUCAUUUUCAGAUACACACAAAUAUACAUUCAUAUAUAGAUAGAUAAAGAACUCAUCUACUGAUCGAACCUUGUUUGGCUUUAAAAGGAAUAUGAACGGAAUGGGAAGGCAGGGACUGAGAUCUGGAGCAACGGCGGUGCAUCACCAGAGACAGUACUCUGAUAAUUUCUUAGAUACUUCUUCUAAUUGUAGAUGGCUUCAAUCUGCUGGUCUUCAACACCUUCAAAAUUCUUCUGCUUCUUCUAUUCCUUCUCUUCAGGACUAUAAAUUCCAUGGUGGUGGAGGAGGAGGAGGGCAGGGGAUAAUGUAUCGCAAUGCCCAGAGGAGUUUUAAUGGAACAAAUGAGUUCUAUGCAGAGCCUACAACGCCUCCUAUCAGUUCACGGCCAUCUACCCAGAGGAAGAAUGGCGAAGACUUUCCAAAUGAUUUCAGUCCUGGGCUAUUGGAUCUGCAAUCGUUUGAUACCGAGUUACUUCCUGAGAUGCCAGUUCCUGGCCUUUAUGAUAGUUCCUCUUUGUUUCAUCCUGUUCGUGGUAGAAGCUUUGACGACUCCGAACCUUAUAUUUCAACCAACAAUCAGACUGGCAGAGCUCCUGUUUUACCGGAUAACAAUCUCUUGAAGAGCUUUGCAGCGGACAAAGAGAAAAACAGUUCCGUUGCGAAGAUCAAAGUUGUGGUGCGCAAAAGACCAUUGAAUAAAAAGGAACUGGCAAAAAAUGAAGAAGAUAUAGUAGAAACACAUUCCAAUUCUGUAACAGUUCAUGAGACCAAGCUCAAGGUUGAUCUAACUGAAUAUGUUGAGAAGCAUGAAUUUGUCUUUGAUGCAGUGCUGAAUGAGGAAGUCUCAAAUGAUGAGGUAUAUCGUGAGACAGUGGAGCCCAUAGUUCCAAUAAUUUUUGAACGCACAAAAGCAACUUGUUUUGCAUAUGGGCAAACAGGAAGUGGAAAAACAUAUACUAUGAAACCAUUACCUCUCAAGGCUUCACGGGAUAUAUUGCGGUUGAUGCAUCACACUUACAGGAACCAGGGAUUUCAGCUAUUUGUGAGUUUCUUCGAAAUAUACGGGGGAAAACUAUUUGAUCUUCUCAGUGACCGGAAAAAGCUUUGCAUGAGAGAGGACGGCAAGCAGCAAGUUUGCAUUGUUGGUUUGCAUGAGUACAAAGUAUCAGAUGUAGAGACAAUUAAGGACCUCAUUGAGAAAGGAAAUGCUACCAGAAGUACUGGAACAACGGGUGCAAAUGAGGAAUCCUCUCGUUCGCAUGCCAUACUUCAACUUGCUAUCAAGAGGUCAUUUGAUGGCAAGCCUCCACGUCCAGUGGGCAAGCUCUCCUUUAUAGAUCUUGCUGGAAGUGAACGUGGUGCAGAUACCACAGAUAAUGAUAAACAGACAAGAAUGGAAGGUGCAGAGAUCAACAAGAGUUUACUUGCAUUGAAGGAAUGCAUAAGGGCUCUUGACAAUGACAAGAGUCAUAUUCCUUUCAGAGGCAGCAAGUUGACUGAGGUUCUAAGGGAUUCUUUUGUUGGCAAUUCCCGCACUGUUAUGAUAUCCUGCAUUUCUCCAAGCUCAGGAUCAUGUGAACAUACUCUUAACACCUUAAGAUAUGCUGACAGAGUGAAGAGCCUGUCAAAGGGAAAUGCUCCAAAGAAGGACAUAUUAUCUUCGGCCUUAAACCUAAAGGAAUCAACCACCAUGCCCUUAUCCUCAGUUUUACCUGCUACAUGUACCUUUCAGGAUGAAAUAAAUGAUGCAUGGGCGGAACAAGAUGAACGAGAUGAUUUUGAUGCAUCUAAAGACUCCUACGAACAAGAGAAACCAAUAUGGAAGGAGAAUGUGAAGGUGGAAUCAUAUAAUCUAUCAAUUUCAGAGGAUAAAAUACGGAAACCCAAUGGUUGGACAAAUUGGAAGGAUCUGUUAAAAUCUGAUGAUAAGAACUCACAUUCAGAUGAUUUAAAUGCUCUGCUACAGGAAGAACAGGACCUCGUAAAUGCUCAUAGAAAACAGGUGGAGGAGACCAUGAACAUUGUUAGGGAGGAGAUGGACCUGCUGGUUGAAGCUGAUCAACCAGGGAAUCAGCUCGACAAUUACAUCACCAGACUGAAUGCUAUUCUUUCUCAGAAGGCUGCAGGAAUACUCCAAUUACAAAAUCGUUUGGCGCAUUUUCAGAAGCUUUUGAAGGAGCAUAAUAUUUUAGCAUCUUCUUCUAGGUACUAAUCCAUGACAAAUGGUUACCUCUUUUACAGUCGGUUGCACGAUUGUUGGCCUUGAAGUGGAGUUGGGUAUGUGCAAUUCUGGAUGAUUUACCGGCCGUUAUGCAUCUCUUGUAUUCUUUAUUUGGUUUGAGGGGUUGGAGAUUUGAUUAUUUGUUCAACAAGUUACAGGCAAGCAUUGGAUUGCAUGCCAAUUGGCAUGCUUAUGUAAAGUUAUGAUGCACUAUGAUUUGAUUCAUUAAUGGAAUACUUGUUUACAAUUUUAUUA